AAAAUCGGUCCGACUGCAGCAAACCUGUAUCAGCAUGAAAAGUAACGUGUGCGGCAGCAGCUCAGAAAACUGACUGAAAACACGAGUUUAUCAGCAACAUUCAAAGUAAAAUAAAAGGCAGCAUGUCAGAGGCUUUAAUCCAGAGAAUAAAGGAGCUGGAGGCAGACUUGGAGAAGCUCAAGUCCCAGCUGAAGGACAAGAGUGAAGCUGGAGAUGACAUGAAGUCCAGUCCAGCUCCCAGUGAAAACACAGACAGCAGACCUGAUGGAAACACCAGCAGCAGUAAGAAGGGGAAGAAGGCAGGUAAAGAUCGUCCCUUUGACUUCUCCGCACACCCUCGUCGCCAUGUGGCUCUGCGGCUGGCCUACAUGGGAUGGUCCUACCAAGGGUUUGCGGUUCAGGAGAACACAGACAACACUGUGGAGGCCAGGCUGUUUGAAGCUUUGCUGAAGACGCGGCUGAUUCAGGACAGACAGAGCUCCAACUACCACCGGUGUGGUCGCACUGAUAAAGGAGUCAGUGCCUUUUCUCAGGUCAUCACCAUCGAUUUGCGCUCCACACAGUUUUGUGGUGGACUGGGCGUCACACUCCCUGAAAAUGUUGAUGUUAGCACCAAAAAUAAAGCUACUUCCUCUGAGCUUCCAUAUGUGAAGAUGCUGAACAGAGUCCUGCCCCAGGACAUAAGGAUCUUGGACUGGGCGCCAGUAGCAGACGGCUUCAGUGCACGCUUUGACUGUCAGUCCCGCACGUAUCGCUACUACUUCCCCCGCGGAUCCUUGGAUGUGGCGUUGAUGGCAGAUGCUGCAAAAAGAUACGAGGGCACUCAUGACUUUCGCAACCUGUGCAAAAUGGACGUGGGCAAUGGAGUCCUGCAGUUUGAGAGGACCAUCUUGUCGGCAUCAGUCAGGCCUGUGCAGGCUCAGCACGUCUCCAGCACGGACCAGUAUGAUAUCUUCAUAUUUGAGAUCAAAGGACUGGCCUUCCUGUACCACCAGGUUCGAUGCAUGAUGGUAGUGCUGCUUCUGAUAGGGCAGAAACUGGAAUCCCCAGAGAUAAUUAAUCAGCUCCUGGAUGUUCAGAGUAACCCCAGAAAGCCCCAAUACAGCAUGGCAGUAGAUUACCCGCUGGUGCUGUACGACUGCCACUUCGAAGGUUUGAACUGGAAACAGGAGAACGAAGAGGUGAACUUCGCUCUGUCUGCGCUGCAGCAACACUGGACCCAGAGUGCGGUCAAGACCCACGUCCUCUACGGGAUGAUCCAGGGUUUGGAGGCCAUAGGUGGAGCGUCCUCCGAUCAUUGCUGGCUUGUAGAAGGCAGCAGGCAGAGAAACUACCGGCCCCUGCUGGAGCGUCCGUGCUGCGAGAGCCUGGAGUCCAGAAUAAACCAUUUUGUCAAAAGAGGCAGGCUGGAGUGGGAGGAAGGGGAGAACGGAGGUGAGAUGGUCCAUCGAGGGAAAAGGUCCAAACAUUCCCAUGAUUCGCCCAGUCUGCCUGUUUCUUCAGAGAUGCCAUCGUCUAAACAAAGUACAGAAAAAAAGGCAGAGGACUGAUAAUGUCUUAGAGGAGAAAGUUUAUUUUGUUGUCAUUUUUGCUUAUGAGAAAAGACAUUUACAUUUUAUUUUGGGAAACAAAACGAUGUAUUUACCUUUUUUAUUUCAUAAAAACUGCGUAUUUACAUUUUCCUUCAGGCAAAUCUUUGUUUUGCUUU